UCUAGCCACUACAGUGACACUCCAAGUGUCACUGCGAAGUACACAAUUAAAAAACUUUUUAGCGUUUUUAAUCCCACAUUUAUUUGUUUACGUUUUUAUGACCUGUUAUGCCGCCGUUUUUGAAAUGCGCGCGCCCCUCUGAGCCCCCGAUCCGCGAAAAUGGCAACAUAUGACACCUACAACAGCUUGAAGGAAUGGGCCCCCCUGACCGACUUGUUUAACAAACUGCCGUCGAAGCUCCCCAACGGCUUCUUCACCCAAGAUGUGAAGCUCACCUGUCUCGACGUGUUGCCUGAAUUUCUGGCCCUGGGGACGAAUCUGGGGGUUGUGUUUUGGUACGACCGAAAAAAGAAGGAUUUGCAGAGGCUCCGCUGCGAAAAGCAGAAUGUGCAAGUCACAGUCGUUAAAAUCAUCUCGACUGUGGACUACAUGGUGGCUUGCGGCAGCAACGACGGGAGUAUAAAUAUUUUCCAAAUACCGAAGUCGCACCCGGAUUGCAUUCCAGAGAGCUUGAAACCGAAAGGGAAGCAAGUGGAGAGGUACACCGUGACGGAUUUACACAAAUCGCCGAUCACGGCGAUCGAGUGGGCUAAAAAUGGGAUGAAGUUGUUCUCGGGGGAUAAAGGGGGCUGCAUUGUUCUAACGGAAAUCGACUUCUACAUGUUUGAAUUGAAGCACAUUUGCAAAUCGAUGGAAAUUCUGAACGAGUCGUAUGAAGUUGUUCAGCUGAGUUACAGUCAGCAGCGGCUGCUAGUCUCGACGACGUACCGCAGCAUCAUCUGCCAGAGACAGGAAAAGUGGAAGGUUUGUCAAGUCGGGAAAAAAGACAGGAAGAUACUGGGGCCUUUCGGGGGCGUUAUUUAUCAAAGUGGCCCCAAAACUACAGACGCGGUUUUGUAUUGUACUCGUCCAGGUCUGCGAAUUUGGGUGGCGGAUUACGACGGCAACGUCAACAAGACUCUGUUGUUUAAAGACUUGCUAAAAAAGGAGUGUUCGGAGGUGCCAAUUAUCAACCCAAUUUCGAGGAAUUUGAAGAUGCUCAAACCCCAAAAAGAGCCGUCGUUCGGGGUUUUGCUCCCAUUCAACGAUAAUCUCCUCUUGACUUACAAUAACGACGUGAUUUACGUGCUUGAUCCUGAGAAAAUGACCGUUUUAGAGACGAUGAGUCACUUCAGGAAUGUGUUGUGGGUGGCGACGUAUAGGGAUGAAAUUUUCGUGCUUGAGGAGGAGCGGAGUAUUAUUAGGGUGUCGUACAGGCCAGAGCAGCACCCAGACGUUGAUGUUAAUUCGGCGUCUCCAGUCUCCAGCGCUUUUCUCCCUAUAACGUCAUCAAUCAAAGAUAUCACGAACAAACUCCAGACUUCUAGUAUCAUCCCGGCUAUGUCUCCAUUCCUGGAUAGCACAAGUGACGUGAACAUCCAUACGGACAACUCUCUUAUAAUGAACGCCGAAGAAGCGAAAGAAUCUCCAAUCAAAUCGCGGAUUGUCAACCCGGAAAUUGAGAAAAAGUUCAACGAUAUUGGUAAACAACAAUUCAGCGAGAAAAUUUUGUUCCGGCAGACGAAACAUAGAAAGAAAAUGUCUGCCAGUACUAUUAGUUUGAGUUCGAAUAGUUCUGAGGAAAAGGACGGUUACAUCAAACCGACCUUGAUGACUUUGAGUUCGGUGGGGGUUUUACCGGACUUGAGGAGCCCAGAGUCCAUUCAGAACGAUAUUGAAUACAAAGAGAAAAUUCUUGCUGAUAUUUUAAAUUUGGAUAAAGUGAAAAUCUCGUUGGAUAAAUUGCACGAAAACGACUGUGAUGAGGUUGAAGAUGCACCGGAAGAAGAGGCUGCUUUGAAUUUAGGUAAUGUGGAUGAUAUUGAAUGUGUGGAAAUUGAUGAGGAACCUUCUAGUAAAAGUCCUGUUAUCAAAGAUGUACCCCCUGCAUGCUUAAACAUUCCAAAUGACUGGAAACUGGCAGACAUUCAGCUGAACGUCAAAAAUGAUAAUUCUUUGUCUGACACGUCGUUGACUGACUGGGAAAUCGUGUAAUUUAUUGUGAGGUAUUGUUACUAGUCAUUUGUGUUGAGCGUCUCUAAAACUGUCCAUAAUAAACACAGUGUGCAAUAACUCAAUUAUAUUUUUAAAGACUGCAUUUUGUACAAGUACUCAAGCUACAGAUUCACUCACCUGUUAAUUAGGGAAAUUACAGAAUGUAAC